UUCCUCGAGCUCGGUGUCCGUCGUUUUUGUCUGCUCAGCCGCGCUUCCGCCGCCGUUUGUUUGCCCUUCACGUUCGCCUCUUCGUUCAGACGUCAUCUUCCUUCGCGUUCUUCGCCAUUCACGUUCGCUCGGCGUUCACCGUAUGCUUUCACUCGCCGUUCACCGUUCGGGUUCGCAUUCGCGUUCGUCUGGAAGUCACGUUGCUCUGCUUCAAACUUUGCGACCAACCCGUGCACUCCACCUAGCCGUCGAACUGCUCUCUUUUGUCGCCGCCUUGAACUGCGUUUAGACCAGUUGGACCAGUAAAUCAGUGAACCAGUGACUAGAACGGUUUGAUGACCGGUCCGGUUUUCAUAACCUUGCUUCUUAACCAACGCUAUCCUCAUUUCUGCAACAGCCUUGUUCUCACCAUGGCCCAACCAGACUCCCACGCCACCAACGGCUCCACCGUCGCCGAGAUCCAAGAGCCCUCCCCCAAGAUCCUCAAGGUCCACCAAGACGCUGACAUUUCCACCAACCUUGCUUCUCUCCUCCGUGUAAAGAAGCUCUCCGACAACGCCGUUCUUCCCUCUAGGGCUUCUUCUCUCUCCGCUGGUUACGAUCUCUCCAGUGCUGUGGAGACGAAGAUUCCGGCGAGAGGCAAAGCUCUGGUGGCUACUGAUCUCAGCAUUUCGAUUCCAGAAGGCACCUAUGCCCGAAUUGCUCCGCGAUCGGGUCUUGCAUUGAAGCAUUCUAUUGACGUUGGUGCGGGGGUGAUUGACGCUGAUUACAGAGGACCGGUUGGGGUGAUACUGUUCAACCAUUCGGAUGUUGAUUUUGAGGUGAAGGUUGGUGACAGAGUUGCACAGCUGAUUUUGGAGAAGAUUGUGACUCCUGAUGUUGUUGAGGUUGAGGAUUUGGAUUCAACUGUUAGGGGUGAAGGUGGGUUUGGAUCAACCGGUGUUUGAAUUUAGGGAUUAGGGCUUGGUCUUCUAAGUUGAGAUUUUAGGGUUAGUGGUUAAUGUAGAUGGAGAAAGCUCUUUUGGUAAUUUUGUGGAGCAGUUGGUGGGCGUUGUAGUGCUUUUCUCCCAGUAACUACGAUUAUUAGGGAUGUCAACAAAUUAUCUUUGGUUUUUAUAAAUGAAACUACUAGUUAUAUAUUUUGUUCA